CACCACAAUCUGCAUUGUUGACGUGCAUAGCAAAGCAAAUCAACAAUGAAGACUACUAGUCUUUUUGCAUGUAUUACUGCUUUGCUCAUCAUUCUAUGUUUUAGAGCUUCCAAUGGGCAACUCAGUCCAACAUUCUAUGCCACGUCAUGUCCCCUUGCAUUGAGUACAGUUAAGACUGCUGUUACUGCAGCUGUGGCAAAGGAGAAACGAAUGGCUGCAUCAUUACUCCGCCUUCACUUUCAUGAUUGUUUUGUAAAUGGAUGUGAUGGAUCCAUACUGUUGGACGAUACCUCGACAUUCACUGGAGAAAAGACUGCAGGACCAAAUGCGAAUUCUGUGAGAGGGUACGAAGUGAUAGACACCAUUAAAAGUCGGUUAGAAGCUGUUUGCAGUGGAGUUGUGUCUUGUGCAGAUAUUGUAACCAUAUCUGCUCGUGAUUCUGUUGUACUUUUGGGAGGGCCAUCAUGGACAGUACAGUUGGGAAGAAGAGACUCAACUAGUGCAAGCUUAAGUGGUGCCAACAGCAAUCUACCUUCUCCCCUUUCAGAUUUAAGUACACUUAUCUCUGCAUUUCAAGCUCAAGGCCUUUCUACCAAGGAUAUGAUUGCUCUUUCAGGUGCUCAUACGAUUGGUCAAGCAAGAUGCACCACCUUCAGAUCUCGUGUCUUCAAUGACACCAAUAUCGAUUCUGCAUUUGCCACCUCUGUUCAGGCGAAUUGUCCAAGCAAUGGUGGUGAUGACACCCUGUCACCUUUAGAUCUUGUCACUCCCACUUUCUUUGACAAUACUUAUUACAAAAAUUUGAGAAGCCAGAAAGGUCUCCUUCACUCUGAUCAAGAACUAUUUAAUGGAGGUUCUGCGGAUUCCUUGGUUACUAGUUACAGCACCAAUCCAAUUAGCUUUUUCAGUGAUUUUGCAGCAGCUAUGGUGAAUAUGGGGAACAUCAGCCCUCUCACAGGCACCAACGGACAAGUUAGAACAAACUGCAGGAAAGCCAACUGAAAUAUCAAAAAUGUAUUCAGUAAAAACGCAACAUAAGAUCGCAAGAUAUUGUGUGCAUGAUUUGAAAGGUUGCCAAAGCUUCCUCUUUUGUAAUUUCUACUUCCUUUUAUUAAUAACGUUUGGCAAAAUAAAUGCCAAAGCAAUGUAAUUUAAAUCCAUGGUUUAAAAAGAGAAAUCAGCGCGAGAAUUUGAAAGCCCACAAUCUUCUGUUUUAAAACUUAA